AUGUCUGUUAUUUUGGGCAAAGCGCUCAGUGCUGAAGAAGCAGCUGCCCUGCCGUUCAAAGAACAAUGUUUGAAGUGGCACAAUGAAUUCCGUAAGAAACAUCAGGUCGGUCCUGUGACGUGGAGUGAGGAGCUGGCCAACGGAGCAAAAAGUUGGGCCGAUUAUUUGGCAGAAAACAAGACAUUUGAACACGCGCCAAACUUGCAGCCAGGAGAGAAUCUCUAUCUGUCGGGCAAACCACCACCUAAAGAGCCUUGUACCGAGGCUACAAAACUGUUUUAUGGAGAGGUUACAAAUUAUGAUUUCAACAAACCAGGAUUUUCAAAGAACACAGGACACUUCACUCAGCUCGUGUGGAAAAAUACCAAAGUGAUCGGAGCAGCUUACGCUACCGGGACAGAUGGCUUUGUGGUCGUGGUGGUUCGCUAUUCUCCUGCUGGGAAUUUCAACAACGAUUACAGAGAGAACGUUUUUCCUGAGCGCAAGGAUUCGGGUGGUGUCGAUCAAACGCGAUCUUCUUUGUUUUUCAUCAGUUUUGCGAUCAUUGCUUUGAAUGUCUUUUUCUAA